AUGUCUUGCUCAAAAAUAUUUUCAGGAGAUUUUCCCGAAUUAAUUUAUGAAAUUAUAAAAUAUUUUCAGAAUGAUUAUUCAACCUUAUAUUCAUGCAUUUUAGUUAACAGAUUAUGGUGUCGUUUAACGAUACCAUUAUUAUGGGAAAAUCCAUUUUCUAUUCCUACUGAAAAUUAUAAUUAUAAUUUUAUUGAAAUUUACUCACAUAAUUCAUAUAAGUUUAGAACAAAAUUAAAAGAAUAUAGAAUUAUUAAUAAUUUAUUACCUUCAAAUACACUGUUCAAUUAUCUUAGUUAUUUAAAAUAUUUGAAUACAUGUAAAUUUAUUACUUCUAUUAAGAAAUGGUUUUGUACUGUUAUAGGAAUUUCAAACCCCAAUGAAUUAGAUAUUAUAGGAUUGAUUGAUAUUUGUGUAUCAUUAUUUAAAAUAUUUAUUGAAAAUGAAGUAAAUUUACAUACUCUUGAAAUUGAGGUCUCACAUGUUAUUGAAGAAUCUACACAUCUUAAUAAUAUACUUGAAUUAAUUAUACAAAAUCCUGAUUUUGUUCGCAAUAUUAGGAAUUUAAAGCUUUAUGUUGUAUAUAAUAUUAAUAUUAGUCUAAUUAAAGAUCGUAUAUCACAAAUAAUCAACUCACAUCAAAAUCUAAAAAAAGUUUUCUUAGGUUAUAAUAAUUUACCUAUAUAUCAAUCAUUAUUAUUAUCAGAAGAUUAUAAUUGUUCAAAUUCUUUAAACACUAUCAUAUUAUAUCGUGUCAAUUUUAAAGAUUUAAUCAAUUUAAGAAACAUAUUUGAACAAUUAUAUGUUUUAGAAUCUGUUCAUAUCGUUUAUUGUUCUUCUUUAAAUGCUGAAUUUAUUCAACAAAUUAUUACCUUACCUAAACCAUUUAAAUUAAGAUCUUUUUUUAUAAAUGAGAUGUCACAAAUUGAGUCAUUACAAAUGUUGUUACAAAAAUCGGGUGAAUAUUUGGAAAAUUUUGGGUACGGAUUUGAAUUUGUAUCAUUAGAAAAGAAACAUUUAUUAUUAGAAUUAAUUACAAAAUAUUGUAAGAAUAUCAAAUUUCUUGAUAUGUGUGGAAAUGAUGAUCAGAUUGUUUAUUCAAUACUCAAUUUAAUUGGAAAUAUUAAACGAAACCUUAAUUAUCUUUCAAUUAGUACAUGUGGUUUAAUCUGGGAUGAUUAUUAUUCAUCAUCAUAUGGUAAUGCUGAAUGUAGCUCAAUCAUAUUACAAAAUUUAGGGCAAACCCUUCCAUCUGAAUUAGAAUAUUUAUAUCUGAGUCUUCACCACAUUAAAGUGAGCGAUUUUGAAAUAUUUCUAGAAAAUUCUCAAGAUACUUUUAUUAAGAAAUUAGUAAUUCAUUACAAGGAAAGUCAAGAUAUUUUACCCUCCAUAAAAGAAUAUAUUAUGAAAAAGAAAAGGGUUAGGUAUUUGGCUAUUAGUGAGCCUUCCUUUGAGACUUCAUUUUAUAAUUUUAAUCUUUAUGGUAAGGAAUUAAUUUCAUUAGAAGAUGAAGUGAGGGAAUUUGAGUUGUAUAAUAUUAAAGUGCAAAGUUACUAUAGUUCAGUGAUUAACGUAUUUAAUUUUGUAAAGGAAAUUGAAUGA